ACUUCCGGUGUUUUGGGGCGGAGUAAAGAAUGGCGGAGAACGGUGCGGAGCUGCAGGCCAUGGAGAUUGACCGACGAGUGGAAUCUGAAGAGUCUGGGGAUGAGGAAGGCCGCAAAAAAGGAACCAUUGUUGAGUUGUCUCAGAAUACAAGACCGAGUGGAAAUCAAGGAGAACCAGACACACCAGUUGAUAUUGACACCAUCAUUUUAGAUCCAGAAGCAGAGGAUGUUGACCUUAACCACUGCAGAAUUGGGAAAAUAGAAGGACUUGAUGUACUGAAGAAAGUGAAGGUGCUGUGCCUUCGUCAGAAUCUUAUCAAGACAAUUGAGAACCUCGACCAGCUGAUAAUGCUUCAAGAACUGGAUCUAUAUGACAACCAGGUCAAACAAUUAGAAAAUCUUCAAGCAUUGAAGGACCUUGAGGUUUUAGAUCUCUCAUUCAAUAUUGUGCGGAAAAUCGAGGCUCUUGAGUCCCUGACCAAGCUGAAGAAGCUCUUCCUCGUGAAUAACAAAAUUACAAAAAUUGAAAACAUUGGUCACCUCGAUCAAUUGGAAAUAUUAGAGCUGGGCUCAAAUCGCAUUCGGGUUAUAGAGAAUAUUGAAAAUCUGAAGAAACUUUACAGUUUGUUUUUGGGUAAAAACAAGAUCACCAAAUUACAGAACUUGGAUGGGCUGACGAAUCUCACUGUUCUCAGUAUACAGAGCAAUCGAUUGACAAAGAUAGAAGGGAUGCAAAGCCUGGUCAAUUUACAAGAGCUUUACUUGAGUCACAAUGGCAUCGAGGUGAUAGAGGGCUUGGAGAACAAUAAAAAAUUAACAACGCUGGAUAUAGCAAACAACCGGAUCAAGAAGAUUGAAAAUAUAAGUCACUUGACAGAACUUCAGGAGUUCUGGAUGAAUGAUAAUUUAAUUGAGCACUGGAGUGACCUCGAUGAGCUGAAGAAUGCCAAAGAGCUACAGACGGUCUAUCUUGAGGGUAACCCGCUGCAAAAGGACCCACAUUAUCGGCGCAAAGUAAUUUUGUCCCUUCCCUCUGUGCGACAGAUUGAUGCAACCUUUAUCCGCAUUCUGAAACUGGGAGCUCCUUCUCAUGCCUGACUCAUUUGGGGAAAGCUCCACAUGUUUUAUUUGACUGAUGCUCUAAAGGUAUUUGAUAAAAAGAUACUAAAUUAUAGCUAAACAAUCCAGUGCAUGAUUUUGUUAUUGACUCCUUUCUGAUGAACGUGCUCCUGUGUUUUGAUUGAUUCAACUUGUAUGCUGCAGCCUUGCACAGCAUCUCACCUGAUCCAUAACAUCAUCCUUUGCUUGUGAGGACAAAAUGUGUCUGUGUUUGAUUUUUUUGUAAGGAAUGAACAUUAAAAGCACUGAAAUGUAUGGACUUUA